GCAUUUGCGUGGUUGCUGAGAGACUGAGGAGCCUGUCAAGACAGGUGGACUGUGCUGCAGCCAGACCGGGAAUCGAACAAUGACCCCGCUGUGUUGCAGCGUGCGAACCUGUGCGGUUAUACUGUACUCACCUUGCUUUAACUAGAGAGGAAGCAGUGAGAGGAAGAGUGGGAGGAGGGUCUGCAGGGUCGGGGAAGGCAGGGAGACACCAAGUGGAGCCGUGCAACGGACACAAGAGGAGACAUGCUUCACUCCGGACAUGGACGAUCUUUUUCUAGCACCACGACUACGGAGAACUCUCCAGAGUCUGGCAGUGAGAGGUCGAUCCGACGCCUCAGGUUGACGCUGCACGCAGGAGAUGAAGCAAACAGGGAGCCCAGGUCUGCCUAUUCCAAUGCAGAUAACAAAGAUGGCUGGAAAACGAGGAAUAGGCUCAUCCAAAGGGAGAGGCCAGCUGGCAGAGAGUCACCCACGCAGCCCCUGGGUGACAUGACCAAUGGGCUGUCAGAGCCCUCACUGCAGCAUCAUGGCCCCAAAAUGUACGGCGUGGUGCAGAGGAACAACUCGAGCACAGUACCAGAAGUGAGGGCGCGAGAGUGGACUGUCAAUCACCUUCAUGAUGAAAUGAAGUACAUCAGGGAGGUGAGAGAUUCUCUGGAGAAGGUCAGAGAGCGUAUGUAUGGACAGUUUGGCGGCAUGCAGCACUCUGUGCAAAAACUCUCACAGGAAAUGAGGGUUGCCAACUCCCGCCGCAGGAAUCUAGAGUCAGAGGUGAAAAUCCGCACGGCAGCCAUGGAGAAAUUUGAUCAGAUGAACAGCUCCCUUUUGUCUGCCAACAUCGGCCUGCAGAAAUCCCUCCUAGAUAAUUGUCAAACCAAAUUGGACACGAGGGACGAGAUGAAGAAUUUGCGCAGCACCUGUGAGAAAACAGAAGAAGAGCUGAGAGCCAAGGAGAGAGAGUUGGCUGUAGCACACGCCGAAAACCAACAUCUGAGACUUCAGGUGGAAUCUUCACGGGAGGCCAACAGUAAAGCCCUAAUGGAGCUGUCUAUGAGGCUCAAAGGGGACUAUGAGGAACAGCUGCUUGAAGAGCAAAGAAAACACAAAAAGGAGAUUGAAAUACUUCAGGCCCAACUGGACGAGUACAUCAGACGGCUGGAGGAAGCAGAACUGAACAUCAAGAUCGCAGAGGCCAAAAUUGCAGAGAGGGAUGAGAGGAUCUCUGAACUGGAGCGCCUGCUUGACUGCAUGGGAACAGAAAAGAGUCAACUCCAGCAAAAACUGCAGGAAUGUGAGCGUCGUCUUCGCUUGUUGGACCUGAGCGAUACAACAGACGGAGCUGCAGCCAUGAGGUCCAAAGAUCUACAAAGGGAAUCUGGAAAUCUCAGGGAGAGAAUCAAACACUUAAACGACAUGGUCUUCUGCCAACAGCGGAAGGUCAAAGGGAUGAUUGAGGAGGUGCAAACACUACGAACUCAAGUCGCUCAGAAGGACAUGUUCAUCUCGGAACUGCUGGACCGAAUUGCAAUGGUGGAGUGUGAGAAUAAUGAAUUAGAAGACAAGCUCAAGUAUUUUAUGUCCACACAGAAUAGUGAGCAAGAGGAUGUGGACACUGGGGAGAUAAGACUAGUCUACAAUAUUCUCCCAAGAGUUGACGAAGUUCCUUGGCAUGAUGAUGAACUACCUAUUCUUCAUGAAGAGAGAGUUCUCAGUCCCAUAGAACACUCUCCGUCUGAUCCACCACCAUUUGCCAUACCACCUCCACCACAAAUGUCACCUCCAUUAGCCACAUACCCUCCAUUUUCACCCACACAACCGCCAUUACCACCACUGCCUUUAUCUACCAGUCCACCUUCAUCACCCACACAAACUACACCCUACAUAUACCCACCCUUUUCACCCACACGAUCGCCAUUACGUCCACUGCCUUCAUCCUCCAGCCCACCUUCAUCACCCACACAAACUACACCCUACAUAUACCCUCCAUUUUCACCCACACAACCGCCAUUACCACCACUGCCUUUAUCUACCAGUCCACCUUCAUCACCCACACAAACUACACCCUACAUAUCCCGACCAUUUUCACCCACACAACCACCAUUACGUCCGCUGCCUUUAUCUUCCAGCCCACCUUUAUCACCCACACAAACUACACCCUACAUAUACCCACCAUUUUCACCCACACAGCCUCCAUUGCCACCACUGCCUUUAUCCCCAAGCCCACCUUCAUCACCCACACAAACAACACCCCACAUAUACCCACCAUUCUCACCCACAGAAACAACACCCAACAUAGACCCUCCAUUAUCACCCACACAACCUCCAUUACCACUACUACCCUUAUCCCCUAGUCCACCAUCAUCACCCACACAAACACAACCCUACAUAUACUCACCAUCAUCACCCACACAAACAACACCCCAGGUAGAUCAACCGUCAUCUCCCACAGAAGCAUCUGUUAGACAGCAGUAUCCUUCACCCUACCUAACAAUGCACAAACAACCGAGGACGUUUAAGCCUAACAAACCUCCGGCCAGCAGGCUGGGGUCCAGUUUGCUUCGCUACACGCCCGUUGAGUACAGCCGCUACUUAGAGGCCAACCCGACGCCGCCAAGCGAAACAGUCUACUCCAGCUCGAUCUCAUUUGAAUCCCAAACCUCAGAGAGCUGGACCGGAGACGAGGUGGACACUCAGACGCCAUCAAAUCCAGACCAAUCUUCAACGUCGUCUAGAAGAACAGGACCAAGGAUACAUUGCAUGGAUACACCUUUCACGAAAUUAAUGGAAAUAACAGCAAAUAUAAACAUAGAGGUUCGUUUCAUGGAAAAUGCUGCGUUGAGCAGACUAGCCGCGAUGUCCUCGCCACGGACAGGCGAGCAGGGCCAGGUGGGUCCCUUGAACAACCACAGCCGAGAACAGCUCCAGGAACUACUGCUGCGACAGAACGCCAUUCUCUCUAACAAGAGACUAAUCGAGACCCUUCCCGACAAAGGAAAGAAGUUAAGGGACUUUGCAGAAAAGAUAAACCACGCCAUUGAGCAACAUGAUGAAGAAGAGAGGAAGAAGAGUUUGGUGUCAGCAGCCAGAGCAGAGUUUCAGUCCAAAUACCAACAUGCCUUCACCGUGCGACGAAGUGAGCUCGCCACACCACAACUGACUGAAGGGUCGCUUGUCUGCGUUCCUGCAGAGGAGGAAGACGACACUGCGAGUGAACUUCUCAGGAAAGAGGCUGCUGCUGAAACCAUGGAGAUGACUGCUUCUGAGGCCUCUCUGAUCUCUGUCAGGACAAAAGAGGCUGACCUUGCUGAGGCCUUAGACAGGGUCACAAUAUCUACUAGCACUGGUCUUAAUGGGAAAAACGAGGAAAAAAAGGACAAUUACUUCUUUAGGAAGCCGACCCAAAUACCUCACAUUGUGACAGUCCUCCAAAGAUCAGAGAACACUUCUCGCCCUCGUCAAAAAUUCAGACCAAACCAGCUGCCAAACAGAAGCGACAACUCUUCGUCUGGCUCUUCAUCACCCAGCCAGUCGUCCGAGGGGUCAUCGCCGCUCUCGGCGCAGGCCAGGAGGGAACGUGACAAGAAACACCUGGAUGACAUCACGGCAGCAAAGCUACCUCCUCUCCACCACAGUCCAGCCCAGCUUCUGUCUCUGCAAGAGUCAGCUGACCUUCUGAGAGCACAGGCUAUGAAACAGCAGGAUCUGCAGGCCAAGAUGGCAGCACAAAAACUAUCUGAGGGAUUGAAGAUCUCCAUGGGCAGCUACAUUCCUGACAGCAGCUCCGUGGCGGCGUACAGGGAGGUCCACGAUGAAGGAGCACAGCUCUCCUCAGAAGAAGACUGAUCCUGGAAGUCCGUAUGAUCUCUGAACCCUGAGGAAACGCUGGUAAUCGGCACCAAAUAGGAAGGGAUUUUACUCCCAGGGCGACAACUUUUGGGGACAAUUUGCCUGAACAGUCCUUCAAAUUUAAAUGCCACAAACUUUAUCACAUGGUUGGUAUCAGGCAUUUCUUGCAUGGAUACUCUCAUGCAGUUGAUGCAGGUGCUGCAUUUGAAAUCUUUGAUCAAAUAUGACAUCCAACACAAACUGAACACCCAAUUCUUUAUACAUUUAACUAUUUAAAGCAAACAACAGAAAGUCAUGAUUGAGAAAUUUUAGCAGCAAAAAGUCAUUUUCAUGUCCAAGAUUUUGAUUUAUAUACAAACAAUGAUAAAUAAAUUAAUUUAUUGUUGAAUACA